GGGCUCCCGGUGGACGCUGACGCAACACCCUCCUCGCCGGGCUUCACGAGACUGGAGGCGGCGUGCUCUUCGCCGCCACCCCACGCGUCCUGGGCACCCCUCUCCUCCUCCACCCCUACCGCAGUGGUUCCACCGCAAUCGGGGCGCCCCAUGGACGCCAACGACGUCUCCUCCUCGCCGGGCUCCAGGAGAUUGGAGGCAGCGUGCUCCUCCCGGCCAACCCACGCGUCGGGGGCACCCCUCUCCUCCUCGUCCUCUUCCGCGCCCGCGCCCGCGCCCACGCCCUACAGUAUGCCUCCCUGGACUUCUACGACGCUACCAGAGCUGUCGACGUCGGCCUCGCGUGAAGGGGGCCAACAGAGGAAGCUGACUAUAGAAGUUCACUUGCAUACCAAGGAUGGCUUGGAGAUAGUGUAUGCUUCGUUCGAUUCUUCUCAAACGGUCCAGGAUCUAAAAGUAUAUUUCGAGAAAGUCAAAGGAAAGGCUGUGUGUUCUGCGGAAAAUAUGGUGAUUUACCAUGACGGCACUAAGCUUUCAAGUAUAACCACGUUGGGAAGCCUUGACUUGCGGACUUGGAACUCGAUUCUAAUUACUUUACAAGAGGAUAUAAAUGAACCAACCUCCAAUUUAGCCCCUGCCCAGGAAACAACGUUGGAUGAGGGUGAUUACCCGACUUGGGAAAUAACAAAUGAGGAUUUAUUGAGAUUUGAAUAUGAUGUGUCUGCGUCAGAUCAAGAAGCUAUGGAGCAUAUGAUGAAUCUCGUUGGUAAUACGACCACUCAACAUUAUGAUUAUCCUUCCACGCGGGAGCAAAGCGACAUUGCUGAGAUUUCUACUACUAUUGGCGAGGUUCCAGUUGGUAUAGUGGGGGCUGCACUCCCUGAGAGUUUGGAAACAGCAAAUGAGAAUUUUGGAGCACCAUUGGAACAAGAAGCUGCCGAGCACAUGGUGAAUCACUUUGAUUCCACAACUAUAGAUUCUGAUCAUCCUUCCACGUGGAGUGAGAGUGAUAUUGCUGAGCUUGCAAAUGCCAUUGGUGAGACUCCAACUGGUGUUGCUGAGACAGCACUCACUACUUCAGAGACUAUUAUAGUGACACCAAGCUGCUCCAAAGUUCUGAUUGGAAGAUUAUUUACACCUGUGACUCCUUCUGAUUUUCCAAGUCGAAUUCUAUCUCACAAUCAACUUCACGGUUUUAAAACUGUGCAUGACCUGAUAAAUGAGAUCAACAGGGGGCCACCAAGGUGGAUCACCAAGAAGCAAGCUCUUGGAUUGUUAUAUAAUGCACAGAUGUUUUCAGUCAGUGAUGUCAGUGAAGAUACUAAGAAGGAUGGUUUAAUCUGUGUGAUUGAUUCUACCAAGUGCCCGAUAUCUAGUGCAUUAGGAGGGUAUAGUGUUCUUGCAAAUGUGCAAUCUUCUGAGAAAUUCAUUGGUAAAAUGAAGGAAAAAGGAGUGGAAAUUGAUUGGUUUGAAGUAAGAGGAAAACUUUGGUCGAGACGGAGACUUGUUCUGAGGGGGGGUGAUGGCAUGUUUCAUCUGCUGCAGUGGAAACAGCAUCAUAACACAGAGACAACGGGUGCUGCUGCGGCCGUUACGGGUGAAGCACACGAGCUGCCACAUGGGAACUCUGGAGCCAGUACUUCGGGUGAAACGACACAGGGGCUGGGACUGGAGAUGAAGGCUUUAAUUCAGAAUGUGUGUUUGCAGUUUGAUCAGUUCCAAGCGACGGUCUCAAUACAACUGUCUGAGAUCAACAGUAAUAUUCAGAGAAUUGAUAGUCGUGUUCAGUCUAUUGAGCAGCUGCUCAGCUCAACUCCCACCAUGGGAUCGACACUGAUAGGCCGGCAAUCAAGCAGCGGCAGUGGUGAGGACAAAGAGGGGGUCUAGGCAAAAUUUUACACUGAAGAGAAUGUCAGCUCCUACGACUUACAGCUGCUCACGCUUUGCACUUGUACAUACGCUCAAACUCAAAUGAAAGUGGAGGGACACGGAUAGUUUUGGUGUAGCUCAAACUUGGUGCUUUUCUUCACUCACUACCUAGUAUCAAAUGAUACAGUAAGGGGCUUAUUUGUAGUACUAGUCAGCUGCAAGGACCAGCUCACAUACUACUCUUCUAGUGUGAACUCUUGACUAGUGAAAGCCAGGAAGUCAGGCCAUUAUCUACUGCAGUGCUAUUCUGACAUUCUAUUCUGACAUGUACAUUAACACCUUAUCUUGUCUUGCUGCUAUUUGCUCA